AUGGCAGGCAAGGGGGUUCGUUCCACACGUAUGGAGCUUCCGCGCAAUGUAUCCAUCAUUUCAACUAGGAUGGUGUAUAAAGAUCAAGUGAAAAUAACCACCAAGGCUGUAGAGAUCCUCAAUCGCUGCAGGAAGCAUGAAAACAUGGAGAUGUUUACCUCCAAACUAAAAGCGUAUCUCGACGACAAGUAUGGAUUAAUUUGGCAUGUAGUCUGCACCACUGGCUCCUACUGGAUGAAUUUCGCGCAUGAUGGUCCAUGGACGCUCAAUUUCAACGUGGACGAGUUCCAGAUCCUCACGUGGAAGACACCUUUCAAUGAAUCCAUGUCCCAUUCAAAGCUGCACUAA